AUGGAGAUUCUAGAUGAACACAAGAAACUAAUUGAUCACAGACCAUCUGAAGGACAAUUCAUGGUAGCAAAGGAAAUGAAAAGAUUAAUUGGACGCACUGAUUUGUUUGAAGAAGAAUUUCUCCCUAAAUUUGUUUUGAGUGUAGGAGAUAAUUUUUACGAUGAAGGAAUUAGUUUUGAUAAUGCUAAAAUACGUUUUAAGAAGGUGUUUUUGUUUGUUUUUUCGAACAGUUGGGAGUAUCGCUUAGUUAUUCUUACAAAUACUAGGCAACACCGGAAGGGGGGAACAAUUUUCGGGGAGGCAGCCCCACGAGAGGAGGAGGGGGGGGGGGGGGGGGGACUCAAAUUCCCCGAGUUUCGGGGACGGCGACCAACCCUAUUUCAUGCUCAUAUUUUCCAUUUCAAUAUUUAUUUCUAA